CAACACGCUCCUUUUAUCUUCCUCUGAUUAUGCAGUAACUCCACAAUCAACCCCAGCCCCAGCUUGAAGACGGGGAGCAUUAUUCUUCUACCAGUUCGGUUCCAUCACUCUCGUCUCUAAUGGGCUUCAAUCUGAUGCUUUUCACGAAUACGGGAUACGCAUAAGAGAAGCUCAUCCAGCGAUUGAUUUUGUCAAUUGAGUUCAUCAACCCUUUGUAACAUUUACGGGGCAGCUUCUGCAUUAAUUCCUUGGAGCUCCUAAUAAGGGAUUUGAUAAAAAUUGCUGUGGCAAUAGCGCCGGCCCGAAGCUAUAAUCAAGUUUCCUAUCUCAGUUCCCCACCGGCCACCCCGCGGGCCCUGCUUCGCAUCCGUUAGAGUUUGUGUAGCAGGGCAACACAUAUGGCGGAGCGUGGUCAACCCUUUCGACAGGCAAGGGGGGGAGUAACAAGAAGAAAUUUGUCCUCUUCCCGUUCUUCCUUUUUCACUAAAUCCGCCACCCGUUAUCAACCUCCUCAAAACUGCAACCUCAACAUCAGAAGAAAUUCACAACAUAUGGAUAGUUCGUUUAACAAUCCUAAUGGGAAUGUCAAGGAUAAUUCUGACAACAGGAGUUGGAUUAAGGAUGCUGCUGAUGUUAUUGAUGAAGAAAAUAAUCUUCCCAGCUUAGUUGGAACUUGCCCUUUUAUGUGCCCAGUUGAGGAGAGGUUACAACGUGAGAGGCUACGAGAUUUAGCCACAUUUGAGAGGCUUGAUGGGAAUCCAGGGAAAUCAUCAUCAAAUCUUGCUGUUAAAAAGUUUUGCAGAACAAUUUCAACUAGAGAGAUACAAGUUUCUGAUGUGCGGCCUCUCUCAGUGUUGGAAGGAACUCUGAACCACCUCUUCAACUUAUUUCAUUCAAGUGAUCAUCCUUUCGAGGUCGUUCAUGACUUUAUCUUUGAUAGAACAAGAUCCAUAAGGCAAGAUCUAAGUAUGCAGAAUAUCUCCAAUAAUAGAGCAAUCACAAUGUAUGAGAGAAUGGUUAAAUUUCAUAUUAUAUCCCAUCAGAAGCUGCAUAGAUCUAGCAGCAGUCCGAAUGCUUCUUCUCUGCUUUACCUCAACUUGGAGCAGCUAACAAAGUUGUUGAUGACACUGUUUAAUCUUUACGAAACCAAUCGGAUAUCACAUUCUAUUUAUGACAAUGAGCCUGAAUUCUGUUCAUUUUAUGUUCUUCUCCAAAUUCAUCCCGACAGCAAACAGGGUGAGCCCUUGUCCUUGUGGUUCCGCAAUCUCCCCUCUGCAAUUAUGAAAUCAAAGCAGAUGUGCUUUGCCAGGAAUCUUUUGAGAUACUUUCGCUUGGGCAAUUACAAGAGGUUUAUGUAUAUGAUGAAGAGCGAAGCAUCCUGUCUCCAGUGCUGUAUUGUUGAGCCUUACAUCAAUGAGGUUCGGGCACUAGCAGUAAGCUGUUUAAAUCAGGCAGGAUACAAGCUGCAACCUUUUCCGCUGGCGGACCUAUCAAAUCUCCUUUUGUUGCAGGAAUCGGACGUUGAGUCUUUCUGCAAUGAAUGUGGUCUUGAGACCUCUUCUGAUGAGGUAGGAAAACGGAUCUUGGCACCUAAGCAAUCAAGUUUUUUCCAUCCAAGGAAAGGAUUUCAGAAGUAUUAUCCUAUACACUCUGAAGGAUUACAGGGGGUAUCUAUCAACUUAUUGGAUCUUUGAUUAGUGUGCAUGUUAUCAUACUCUGGUUCGAUGGCCUCUGGCAAAAGUUAAGCCUCUAGAGCCAAUGGCUUUUGUUCCCUGGGCGGAAAGAAGAUAACUUUUCAACACACCUUGAACUUUUUACACGAAAUAUUGUGGUUGAGUUGGCUAUGCUGUUGCCUUCUGCUUGAGAGCUGAGAAUAGAUGUCCUGUAAAUGAUGUUUACCAAUUUGGAUUAUAUUACUUAAUAUAGACAUGGGAAGAUAGCUGCCCAGAGCUAAUUUUUGAAGUUCAUGUUAACGACAGCCGGCCGAUCCUGAGUCCUUGGAUGACAAGUAGAAAACUGGCCUACAGGGUUGCCUCUCUUUCAGGUGAACUUAUGAAGGGCAUCCCGUGGUUCUCCUUCAGCAUUCAAUCAGGAACUCCGAUUAGUAUUGCUCCGAGGUUAACUAGUGAACAUUGGUUGUGUCCUAAAAACACCGAUUAGAAAAACCCAACAUUAUUUUCACUUAUAUUUCUUGUUAAA